AGCCCCUGCCCUGAGGCAGCCCCAAAAUGGCGGCCGAGGAAGGUCGUUGUGAGGUGGCUCUUGUACAGGGUGUGCCCCGUGGCGCCUGGCGCGCUGCCCUCUGUCAGGGGGACCUUAAAAUUCCCCUCUAAGCACACUGUGCCCAGAAAUUCCCCCAACCAACCUCUUCCCCCUAGCUCCCCAGGGCGCCUCGUUGGUUUCUCAGUCUCCACAACCCCGUUGGCACGCGUCCAUCCCAUCCCCAGCCCGCUUGGCUGAGCGCUCCCCAUGUGCCUGCCAGCCCCAGGCAUGCUAGGAACACCCUAACAGCCCUCCGGGGAGCGAGGGUCAUGCCUGAAGGCGGCUGUCCCUCCUCUGUCAGGCGUCGAUAUCAAUUUCUGCCAAGCGCUGUCCGCCACCAAGGCAGUCCUUGAGCUGCAGGGUGAUUUACACAGGCAUCGCUUACGCAACCUCUUUCUGAGGGCGCUGAAGCACAAUGAGGGGAAAAAAAAAAAAAAAAAAAAAGAAGUAUUUGGUUGGAGUACUGAGCUGGUUUAAAAUGCACUCCCGACAUGGCCAACAGAACCAACUCGUCUGAGUACUUUUGGUCCUAUGAGUAUUACUGGGAUUACAUAGACCCGAUCCCAGUGGAUGGAAGGAAGCUGAAGGUUAAUAAAUAUUCUAUUGUCAUAGCCUUUUGGGUUGGACUUGCUGCCUUUGUGAUGUUUCUUUUCCUUAUUUUGCUGUAUAUGUCCCGCUCUGGAUCAAGUCGAGUAAAACAGGUGAUUGUAGGGAACCACGCAGAAGAAAGCAGUUCCAACAGUGAACAGCCUCAUUGCGAUGACCUCAGCAGCCCAUACACAGACGCAGUUGCUCCUAGAACACCUAACUAAUUCCCUUUCAGAUGAAACUGGCAUUCAUGGAAGUAUCUCAGCCUGAGCUAAAACUGGAACGGGUUAAACAAAAACAGCUGGACAGUCCUCCUGACUGUAGAGAAGAUUAGUUCCUUAGGCUGCAGCUGAAUUAGUUCAGGAAAAGAAGAAAAAAAAAAAAGAUGUCUUUCAACAAAGACCCAAACUGAAAAACCCUGGAUGCUUAAAAGGAAGCACUAACCACUGUAUUGGAGGAAUGUUGCUGCAGUUGCCUGAUUAGAACAUUUUAGAUUCUGAUGAUGCUGACUGCAAAACUUCUCUCUCUUAAGUAAAGAUUCAAAAUCUUCUUUCAAUUAGAAGGUGCAAAGGGUGUGCUGUCUGCUGAGUGAUUCUCAGUAACACCCAUUUGGCUGAGAGCAGAUUUGCUCCUCCAGCAGAAAGUGUAUAGCAGUUAUGCCUCAUGUCCUGCAAAGAGUCCUGCUUUGCUUGCCUGAGCGCACACGGAGCCCUCUUAUCCUCAGGGGUGUCUCUGCAGAAUCAGCCUUCACUUGGUUUUCUUGCUGUGAAAGAAACCACCAGCACAUCGAUCAGGCAACACAACAAACAUUGUUUAUAGACACAGUGACAGAAGUCAUCUAUUUCUGGGUCUGUCCUCAGCUCACAGUCUCAUCAAUUGCAUCUUAGAGACACCUCCACUUGGCCAUCCUCUGAAAAAUAAGCAAUAACAAGUGCAACAUCAACAAUAAAACUUUGCUUUUGGAAAGGUUACAUUUUGCUCCACCGUCUUAAAGCUCAGCAGUUCCCUCAAGGAUAGAAUAUGCUUUGUAUUUAUUUUCCUAUUGCAAAAAUAUAUAUGUAUUCGAGUUAGUUAAAAAUUAUUAAAACACUGGUUAGCUAUAACAGCCUUUAAAAAGCUAAUGGCAGCAUUCAUUAUCUCAAGUGACUGUGUCUUACUGAAGAAACUCAUUAGCUUUACCAAUUGCCCAGAAAUAGAGUUUUGCUGCUAAUAGCCAGUCCCCUUUUGCUUUCUCUUGGAAUGGCAGGUGACAAAGAAACUUAAGACUGAACAGUCUCGAAAUGGUAUCUUAGGGCUACAACAAGCACGGCGCUGCGAGUGCGGAGUUGAGCUGUGGAAGGCAGCGAGGGCUGGAGUGGAUAAAAGACCCCACAGAGAGCUGCUGGGCUGAGGACCACACAAAAUUCAUUUGAAACUUGAGGAAAAACUUAGAAAUUUCACCUCGCCAAGCAGGCAGCCAAACCUCCUCCAGUGAAGCACUGCCAGAGCGGCUGUACGCUGCGCUGGGAGCGUGGGCUGUGAUGUUACCAGAGAGUGGGUGGGUUGGGCUGUGGUAAAAAAGCCUCAAACGCAAGAGACAGACCAAAACACCAGGCAUUUAUUUGUGUUGUGUGUUGUUUUUUU